GUGAGAACGCCCUUCAUAAAGGCGUCAUAUAAUGUCCAUCUUUGGUAUCAGUACGCGUGAGUCCUCGCCUUCGUCUUGAUAACUUGCGGGGUACACAUAGCAUACGAGGAGCUCGCCCAGGAUGGCGGGGAAGGUGGCCACGGUCUUCAUCGUGGACGUCAACCCGUCCAUGAGAAUCAACACAGACCAUACCGGCACAAGCUUUCAAAAGAACGCUAAGGACACCCUGUUUCAGCUUCUGCACUCCAAGAUUAUCGCAGGGCGGAAAACGGACCAGGUGGCUUUACUUACUGUGGGAACGGAAGAAACGGACAACGUUCUCGCCGACGAAGCCGAGCAGUAUCAGCAUAUCAAGUCAUGGGUAUUCGAGGAACAAUCCGAGGCGCUCAUGCGGAUGGCGGACCUCGAGCUUCUCAAGUUCGUGGACGCGGGGUUAGAGGAAGGCCCAGGUCCCGGUGAUGUAAUGGAUGCCAUCAUCCUUGCGGUGCAUACAUUGGAAAAACAUUGUACUGGCAAAACUGGGAAGCCACUGAUGUAUGAAAAGAAGAUCUAUCUGUUUACGGACGCUGCAAAUCCCAUGGAAACCGAAAACACUGAGAGCGUCGUAGACAAAACGAAGCUCAUGGCCAUUGACUUCAACCUCAUAGGGUAUGACUUUGAGGAUCCGGACUCGGACAUCAAAGCGGAAGGGAAGUCGGAGGUCAAGGCGGCAAACGAAGUAUGGCUCCGGGAGUUCACUGAAAAGCUGGGCGGGACAUUCUGGGAUGGGGAGGAAGCGAAACAAGUGCUCAGUCAACUUCGGUCGAAGACCGUACGGCCAGUUCCUAUUAUGCGAGGCCCGUUACUCCUUGGGGACCCGAUCGCGCACCCAAGCGAGGGGAUCGAAAUUGGUGUACACUUGUACGCCAAAACGAGCGAAAUGAAGCUACCAUCGGCCAAGAAGUGGUCGAAUUUAGCUGACACGGUCCCCGAUGCCGAGCGCGAUGCAACGACUUACGGGAAAGUUGACAUGGUGCGGAACUACAAACUUGCAAUGGGCGAUGCACAGAGCUCGGACGGAGCGGAGAACGAAAAUGGGGUGAAAGUCUCGAAAGAAGAUCUAGUUCGGGCGUAUGCUUACGGGAGGAAACUCGUGCCCUUCUCGGAGGAAGAUGAGGAGGCCAUGAAGCUAUCGACAACCAAAGGUCUAUCCAUAUUGGGCUUCGUGUCAAAAGACAGGAUCCCUCGGUAUCAAUACAUGUCGAACACUUUCGCAGUGAUUCCUGAACCCGAUAAUCCUGUCGCGGCAGGGCUUUUUUACCCUCUCAUGGACGCAUUGAAAGAAACCGGGCGAGCCGCCAUUGUCCGAUAUGUUCGCAAUGACCGCGCGAAUCCGAAAUUGGGUGCCAUCAUACCAUAUGGAUCGAAGGAAAAGCAAGACUGGGCGCUGUUUGUCCAACUUCCUUUUGCAGAAGACCUUCGCGCCUAUUCGUUCCCUAAUUUUGAUUUCCUACUGUCGAAAGACGUAUCUGACUUGUCCUUUGCAUCGCAUUCGAAUUCCGUUCUGGGCACCCUGCCUGGACCAAGUGGAAAGAAACACAAGCUUGACGCACGACAAGUCCCACCGGACGAGGCAGUGAAGGCUGUGGACGAUUUCAUAGAUUCUAUGGAUCUCAUGAAUGCCAUUGACAAUGACGACGGAGGGAAGAUUGAAGCUUUCAGGCCAAAAGACGUCUUCAACCCUGCAUGGCAGCGUCUGUAUCAGUGCAUCGCUCACCGCGCAAUACAUCCGACCGAAGGGCUGCCGCCAGCGGAUCCUCAAAUCCUAGCGUGCUUGGAACCGUUGCAGGAACUGGCAGAGCCUUCUAAAGCAGCUGCGGCGAAGCUCGCUGAAAGUUUCAAGAUCACAAAGGUCGCGAAGAAGGCAGCCGGCAAACGUGCCUGGGCAGAUCGCGUGGCAGGGCAGGCGAUUGAAGAAGCCGGUGGAGCAAACCAAAACGGUCAAAAUGGCGACAAGCGCAUCAAGACGGAGGAACAGGCGCCGAUCGUCACGAGCAUGCAGGAUUUGACAGGCCGACAGGUCGAUAAGGUGUCCUCUGCAGAUCCCAUCAGCGAUUUCACAGCUAUGAUCAGUAGGACGGACAAGGAUCUUGUGGAGCCUGCCGUCACGCAAAUGUGCGAAGUGAUCACAUCCCUCAUCACCAAAUCCUUCCGGGACCAAUUCUACGACAAAGCCAUGAACUGUAUCCUCGUGCUUCGAGCGGCCUGCGUGACUCAAGACGAAGCGCCACGAUUCAACGACUGGUUGACAAAGACCAAAACAGAUCUAUCCCCAAGUGGAGAGCAUGCUAACCAUGCUGAGUUUUGGAAGCGGAUUUGCGAGAAGCAGGUUACCCUUAUUACCAAGCAGGAGAAUGCCGAGAGCACUUUUACUGAGGAAGAUGCGGAGACGUUCCUGCAAGCUGCCACAGAAGAAGUGGGUCCAGACGUUGUCAAGAACAAACCUGUGGAGGAAGAAGACUGGUUGGAUAUGAUGGAUUGAUCUAGAUGGCCUCGAAGUAGUCUAGUAUAUCUAGGAUACCCUUUGCCCGGCGUAUCUAAAACCAAGUGUAGCACCUGAAUUAAAUCAUACUCUUCCACCACGUCCUUCUUUGCUGUGUAUGCUCUGCAGCAGGGUCGGCUCAUCAUAUCUUAGAGUGGCUUUGGCCUUGGCAACACGGUGCCCGGUUUCGAACGAAAUUCUCAAAGCAACGCCAAAUUUCGCACAUCGACCAGC